AUGGAAACUUCAUCAGGGCAACAACACAAAUUAUUUGAAGAUUUUUUUAAUGCCAUUUCGCUCCCUAAACUUGUAAACCACUGGCACGUUCUCUUACUUUCAACAUUAGCAUGUAGCAUUACAUUGGCUAUUUCAAGGAUUUUAUCCUCUUUUUUUUUCCCAAAAAUCUAUAAUAGCUUACAAGGUGUUAAACGAGUUAAUUGGGAUAUUCAUUUUGUAAGCAUGGUUCAUUGUUGCUUGGUUGUAUAUCUUUCAGUCCCUUUGUUGUUUGAUAAAGAACUAGAAAAAGAUAAAGUAUUUGGCUAUAAUAUUUAUGCUGGAAAUGUUUAUGCUUUUUCUUGUGGCUAUUUUCUUUGGGAUGCUCUUAUAUCUCUUUAUUAUGUAAAAGAUUUUGGAAUUGGGUUUGUUUUACAUGAAUCAGUUCUACCCGUAGCUUCUAAAAUCCCAACAUCAAUAUGUUUAAUUUACGGAGUAUCUAAUAUUAUAUUGAAUCUUUUGAAUAUAUUUUGGUUCAAGAAGAUGAUUGAUGCAUUACUCAAGAGAUUUAGUUCUAACAAUAAAAUAGAAGCCAAGAAACAUUUUAAAUCUAAAGAAGUAAUAUACCACAAUGUUGUGACUUACUCUGCAACAAAUACUGAGAUUAAAUCAAAAAAAGCUUGA